UCUAAUCUAUUCCUUUGUUUGGCUGCUUAUUAGCAUCCUUGUUUUGUUUGCCUAUUUAAUUAUGCUUGUAUCUGCUCGAGCUAUGUCCUUGCAUGUUCGAUUGAAGCUUAAAGUUGACACCGACCGUUUUUCUGAAAUUAAUCAACAACUGACUUUGAAUAUUAUUGCUUAUUUAUUACUACCAUUACUUACAUUAAUACCAAUUUGGAUUACUUGUAUUUUUACACUUGCAAACUUAUUCAGUCAAUUUUCAUCAACUUGGAUUUUACAAUUUUUAAUGCUAAUUCGUUUGCCAAUUCCUUGGAUAGCUAUAUUUAAUCCAAUAGUUACCAUUUUAACUUUAAGACAUUACAGAAAGGCUUUUAUUUCGUUAAUUUUCAACUCGACUGGAUCUGAUUCUGUUGUGCCGUUAAAUACGUUUACUGUGGGAAUGCAAAGAAAUAAUACAAAUAAUAAUACAAUUAUUACUAGAUAA